UAAUGCAAAAUUCGUAAAUUAUAUAGUUAUUACAUAUUAUUACUCCUAUUGGUUGAUUAAUUGUAUUCUUUAAAUUAAUUCUAAUAUCAUCGGUCCUUAGUAGUCUUAUUUUGUGUCAUUUGAACGAAAAACAUACAUCAUAACCUAAGUUAAUUGAUUUUGUCAUUUUUAAAUCAUAUUAAAACCGUUUAGAAACAUGUCAGGAGCAACAGCACUUUUUGGAAACACUGCUGGUAGGAACCAAUCCAAAAAUCUUGUGGAAUUUAAAGCUGGAAAAAUGUCUAUGCGAGGUAAAAUGGUCUAUCCGGAUAAAAGGAAGGGACUCUUGUACAUUCAUCAGUCAGAUGAUUCUUUGAUUCAUUUCUGUUGGAAAGACCGUACAUCUGGCGUUGUUGAAGACGAUUUAAUCAUAUUUCCUGACGAUUGUGAAUUCAAACAUGUACCACAAUGUACAACUGGAAGGGUUUAUUUGUUAAAAUUCAAGUCAUCGAAUAAAAAAUCGUUCUUUUGGCUACAAGAGGCAAAAACUGAUAAAGAUGAUGAAAAUUGUAGACGUAUUAACGACGUUAUGAAUAACCCUCCAGCGCCAGGAUCAAACCGCAGUGGUGGAACUACACCCGAUGGCGAUUUACAAAAUUUGUUGAGUAACAUGUCUCAGCAGCAAUUAAUGCAAUUGUUUGGUGGCGUCGGUCAAAUUGGAGGCUUGUCAUCAUUACUCGGUACAAUGAGAUCUAGCCAGACGGGUCGGUCAUCGACUUCCCAAUCGUCUACUGCGCAACCCACAAAUACUAGCAGUAACUCUAAUGCAAACAGCGGUAGCAAUCGUUCUACGAAUACCAGUAGUCCACCUUCGCCAACUGCUAACACAGCGAGUACAGUCACACCGAAUGAAGAGCAGAGAUCUGCUACUGGCAUUCAGUUGAGGGAUCUUCAAUCAAUGUUAUCAGGAUUAACGGGUGCUCAAGGAACUGCUGAAAAACCUCCAGUUGAUUUGUCGGCUGCUAUGGAUAUGGAAAAUUUACAAAGCGUCAUUGAAAAUACAAGUGCCAUGAGUCAAUUAGCCCAACAUUUACCUGUAGCAGAAAUCACUUCUGGUUCACAAUCCACUAGCCAAACAACUCCUGAUACAUUAAAAGACACCAUUACCUCACCUCAGUUUAGACAGGCUGUUAGUAUGUUCAGUAAUGCUUUGCAAACGGGUCAACUUGGAUCUGUCGUACAGCAAUUCGAUUUGGGAGAAGGUGCAGUCAGUGCAGCUAACCAAGGAAAUAUGGAAGAAUUUGUGCGAGCGUUACAACAAGCAAAUAUUAGUGCGGAAGAAUCGGACGAUUGUCCAGUAAACCCAGAGAAACGUAAGAAGCCAGACAACGAUGAUGGGUCUAAGUAAAUUAAUUGGUGUACUUUAUCAUUUAUAUAAUAUAUAAUAUAAUAUAAUAUGGCGAUUAGGUAUUAUUUUUAAUAUUUUUUUUUGUAAUCAAUACAAUACCAUUAUAAUAAUUUACUUAAAACCAAUAAAUAAAAAAAUUCAAUUGCAUUUA